AUGGGCCCUGCACCUAGGGAUGGCUCAGGCAGCCAGCAGUACGGUCAGAAGGGGCCUGCCCAGCAUCCGUCCCAGCACACCCAUCACCAGUCCUCACAGUUUCAGGGGGCAUGGUACGUGGUCGGCCUGGCAGGGAGCACCUUCAAGGAUGAGGAUAGGAAACUGCUGAGUCCUUACACGGUUACUUUUGAGCUACUAGAGAACAGCUUUCAAGCAUCCUACGCCAUGACCCGGGGCCAGCGCUGCAUCACCUGGGUUUACACACUGAAUCCGACCAAUCAGCCUGGACACUUCGAGGUGGACAAGAAAGGGGACCUGCAUGCAGACAGUGAGGAGGUCCAGGUGACCGAUACCAACUACACCACCUUCGGCCUGAUUCGCUCCCGCCGCAACUCCAAUGGUCGCCAGAUCCUCCGGGUCAGCCUGCUGAGCAGGAGCUGGACUCUCCUUCCGGAAGCUCUGGACAAAUUCAUUUGCCUGGUCCGGUUUCACCGCCUCUCGGAUGAGCAGAUUGUCUUCCCAGCGCUGAACGACCCACCCCCUACUUCCCAACCACAGACCCUGGUGCCCACCACCUCCCUCCUCUGUACACCCCAGGCCCCAAACUCCGCCCUCUUCACCUUCCCACCCUCCCAAACCGUGUCCCGCUCCCGUCUCCCCUCCCUCCAACCUCCCUACCCCCAGAUCCCUGUCCCCUCCCUCAUCCUCACACUGUAUGGUCUCAGAGUCCUGGACCACCUCCUCCCUACACCUCAGGUCAUCUGCACUGGCUUAGAACACUCGCUACAAGCAUACCCAGUCACCCACAAGCACACCUCCAUGCACAACUGA